GGCAAAAGCGGAGAGAGAGCGAGCGGGCUCGCCGCGCCAGAGCUACCCUUGUCUGUUGCUGCUGCUGUCGCCUUGGCCGCCGCCGGCCCGGACUCGCCCGGAGCGCAGGGUGUGUGCCCCGCUGCGCGCGGAGCGCGGAGGCUCCUCCAGCCCCAGCUCCUCGCCCCGGCCCGCGCGCGGGUCCCGGAGGGCAUCGACCCCACCAUGCAGCUGCAGUUCCGGAGCUGGAUGCUGGCCGCGCUCACGCUGCUCGUGGUCUUCCUCAUCUUCGCAGACAUCUCAGAGAUCGAAGAAGAAAUCGGGAAUUCUGGAGGCAGAGGUACAAUCAGAUCAGCUGUGAACAGCUUACAUAGCAAAUCUAAUAGAGCUGAAGUUGUAAUAAAUGGCUCUUCACCGCCAGCUGUUGCUGACAGAAGCAAUGAAAGCCUUAAGCACAGCAUCCAGCCAGCCUCGUCUAAAUGGAGACACAACCAGACGCUCUCUCUGAGGAUCAGGAAGCAAAUUUUAAAGUUCUUGGAUGCGGAGAAGGAUAUUUCUGUCCUUAAGGGGACCCUGAAACCUGGAGACAUUAUUCAUUAUAUCUUUGAUCGAGACAGCACAAUGAACGUGUCCCAGAACCUCUAUGAACUUCUCCCCAGAACCUCACCUCUGAAGAAUAAGCAUUUCCAGACUUGUGCCAUCGUGGGCAACUCGGGGGUCUUGCUGAACAGCGGCUGUGGGCAGGAGAUUGACACACACAGCUUUGUCAUAAGGUGCAACCUGGCUCCAGUACAGGAGUAUGCCCGGGAUGUGGGCCUCAAGACAGACCUAGUGACCAUGAACCCCUCAGUCAUCCAGCGAGCCUUUGAGGACCUAGUGAACGCCACGUGGCGGGAGAAGCUGCUGCAGCGGCUGCAUGGCCUCAACGGGAGCAUACUGUGGAUACCUGCCUUCAUGGCCCGGGGUGGCAAGGAGCGUGUGGAAUGGGUCAACGCUCUCAUCCUGAAGCACCAUGUCAAUGUGCGCACGGCUUACCCUUCCCUGCGCCUGCUGCACGCAGUCCGAGGAUAUUGGCUGACCAACAAAGUCCACAUCAAAAGACCAACCACCGGCCUCUUGAUGUACACCCUGGCCACACGCUUCUGCAAUCAGAUCUACCUUUAUGGCUUCUGGCCUUUCCCACUGGAUCAGAAUCAAAACCCUGUCAAGUACCACUAUUACGACAGCCUCAAGUACGGCUACACCUCCCAGGCCAGUCCCCACACCAUGCCCUUAGAAUUCAAGGCCCUCAAGAGCUUACAUGAACAGGGGGCAUUAAAACUGACUGUCGGCCAGUGUGAUGGAGCUACGUAAGGAGGUCAGCCCAUGGGACUCAGUGGCUCACUUUCCUGCCAGCUACACCACAGGCAGAUGGGAGUCAGGUGGCACAAAAAAAAAUAGAACAAGCAGGCUAGUGGUUUUCUUUGUUAAAGUGUAAAACAGUGACCAGAAUAUAUAUAUCUAUACCUGCAUAUAUAUAUUGACCUGAGUAUUUAUAACUGUGUGGUGUUCAUCUAGCAUUAGGCAGAUAAGCCACAGGAAGAAGGUGUGGAGAACCCACCUGGACCAGAUGGAGACUCAGUCCAUCUUUGGGGGCAGAAGGACCUGACAUGCAAAGAAGCCAGUCCCAUGACUUUGGAUGACAACCCGCUUCCUGGGCUGGAUGGAUCUUUGGGCUCAUGGAUGAAUGGAGAGCCACCUGUUGUCAGCUUCCCCGAACCUCCAAAUGAAGUGGAUUCUGGGUAGCCCAGACCCAGAGAUGGCAGCUUGGACCAGUCUAAAGAGGUGCAGUUCAUGGAGGAGAGACUUGGAGAGUUCCACUGGGCAAAGAGGCACAAGGAGACCAAGCAGCACGGGUCACAACAGAGCUGAGGGCUUUGUUCAUGAACUUGAGAGUACAGCUGCCCAAAGGACAAGCACGAUGGCACCUGCAUCCCAGACAAGCCUUCACAGCUAUGGAGAGAGGCUGGAGGAAACUCAAUGACAUCCCCAUAUUCUGGUUAGACAAGUACUACCCAGGACUUAGUAGGGCAGAACAACAUGUGACCCUAAAAAGGUAGAUUGUUGUAAAUCAUGGUUUUAGAAACUUGACAUCUUCUAGGAGUUUGCUCCACCUCAGAAAAGGACAAAAUAGGAACGUUUUGUUGGGUGAGGCCCACUGAGGCAGAAGUGACCCUAGGGCUUCAGCUUCGAGGUUAGCUUUUAUCCCAUCCUCUUAGAAUGUCACAUGAAGGAACUUACUGUCCCAUCUACCACCAGAAAGACACAGCAAGUGCUUGAAGAAUCACUGUCACAAUAGGAGUCAUCUUGUUCAAAACACAUACAAUCAGCUUUCUAGGCACCUCACGGAGCCCUAGAAUUAGACACCUGGAAGACUGACGCAUCUAACCCUGGGUCUCUGCAGUCACUCCAUUUGCUUUCUGCAUCCUGCACUCUGAGAGUCCCCUGCAGCCAGCCUGCUGUGUCAAUGUCACCUUGUCACUUUCCCAUCUUGACAGUCAUACCUGCCCACACCGAGCUCUUCUGGGAGAGGUUCCAGUGUCCACCCUAUAUCCCUGCCCACUCUCACCUCCUACACCAUCAACCACUGCAGAGUUUUUGCAAAAGCCUUCUCCCUACUCUGUUAGGACUCCUACUUAAGACUUGUUUUUCUUGUUUUUGUUUUUUUUUUUUUUAAAAAAAAAAAGCCCAAAGCCAAACACAGUUCCAAACGCUGGACAUAAUCUCCAGGGGGAAAUCUGGGCUCAGUGCCAACAACUUAAGGGUUGGACUUACAGGUCACACACAGCAAAGUAUUAGCCAGCUUGAUGUGUUAGAUGCAGUUCCCUCGCCUGAUAAAUAAUGGUGUUUUUAAACAUAUUUGAAAGAUAA